AUGAAGAGCGAGGACGCGGCCACGCGCGCAGCCAAGCGCAAGCGCAAUACCUCGGGCGGCCGCAAGCUGCUGCGCGGGGACGCCACGCGCUGGCAGCUGUUCGAGCUCUCGCUGCCGUACACGACGCGCCUCAAGAGCGCGCCGCUUUUACACCUGCGCGCCCCGCUCAAGUCUAUCUAA